AUGUCACACAAAAAGAAACCAAUUAAAACAAUAAAAUCCAAGAACAAACCAUUCGUAUCAACCCAGAUAACUAAUUUGGAAGCGUUUGCAUGUCUCUGGCUUGACGCGAAUGUUAAGAAUACAGAUGAUAAUCGUGAAACAGAACAAGAAUUACGUCAAAUCAUCAAUCAUCUACGGAUAUUUGAUCAAGCAGAUGCAUGUGAGAAACUAAUCCGAGCCACGAAACAAGAAAAAAUCGUUCUUAUUGUGUCUGGUCAAUUGGGUCGUGAUGUUAUUCCACGUCUUCACAACUUACCACAAUUGGUUGCAUGUUACGUGUAUUGUUUAAAUGGAACUGAUCAUGAAGAAUGGACAAGAACAUAUUCAAAAGUUCAAGGUGUUUUUGUUGAACGAGCAGACUUACUAAAACAAAUUGAUCUUGAUCAAAAUAAUCGACUUUUAACUGAACAAUUAUCAGCCAUAGAAAUUAUUAGUGGUGAUUCAAGGGCUCUUGAAUCCAGAAAUGCUAUGUUUAUGUGGUUUCAAAUUUUCAUUGAAGUAUUAAUUCGUAUGCAUCAUAAUGUCAAUUCCAAAAAAGAAUUUAUUGAUAUUUGUAAAAAAAAUUAUAAAGAAAACCCAAAAGAAUUUUCUAUCAUUAAAGAAUUUGAAGAAUCAUAUAAAUCAGACAAUGCUAUAUAUUGGUAUACACGUGAGUGUUGUAUCUAUCGUAUUUUAAAUAAAGCUCUUCGAAUUCAAGAUUUUAAUAUGCUAUUUAUUCUUCGUUUCUUUAUUACGGAUAUAUCAAAACAAUUAAAACAACUACAAAAAUCAAUUUUACGUAUGACAUAUAAACGUGAUCCGUUUGUUGUUUAUCGUGGUCAAGCAAUGAGUAGAGAUGAAAUCGAAUUGAUGAAAGAAAGUGUAGGGAAAUAUAUUUCGAUGAAUUCAUUUUUGUCCACAACUCGACAAUUAUCAAUAGCUAUGCAGUUUUUAUUGGAUGCUAACAUUUCUGAAGAUAUUCAACGAAUACUUUUCGAAAUCAAUAUUAAUCCACGUGAAAAAACAAAAGCUUAUGCCGAUAUAAAUGAAAUCAGUUAUUUUAAAACUGAAGCAGAAGUAUUGAUUAUGCUUGGUGCUCUCUUUCACAUUGACAGUAUUGAAGAAAAACCAGAUGAUAAUAUUUGGAUUGCCCAUCUAACAUUAGCCAGUGAUGAUGAUUAUCAAUUGAAAGAGACUCUUGCCUAUAUGAAAGAAAAAAUUGGACAAGAGACAGAUCUCGGAACACUUGCUGAAAUUCUUAUUCAGAUGGGAAAAUACGAUCAAGCAUUGAAGUAUUCCGAUCGAAUAAUGCAUGAAUCUCAAAUGAAUACUGCCAAAGCAUAUGAAAUUGAAGCUAAAGCUUUAUGUUUAAAAGGCGAUUAUAAAACAGCACUUGAUCGAUCAUCACAGAUAAUGAUUAUCUACAAUAAAAUUUUACCAUCGAUUUGCGCCGAAAAAGGUCAAUUGUAUUGUGCCAUUGGUGCUGUAUAUUAUAGACAGGGUUCAUACGAUCAGGCACUAUCUAAUUUAAAUGAAGCAUUAAAAAUUCAACGACAAGUGUUGCCAUCCAAUCAUCCUGACAUAUGUGAAACGUAUCAACAUCUUGCUGAUUGUUAUGAAAGUAAGAAAAGAAUCAAAGAAUCAUUGGAAUAUUACAAUAAAUGCUUACAGAUACGAUUGACUAUAUUACCUGAAAAUCAUCCUGCUAUUGCUUUAACAUACAAUAAUUUAGGUACUAUGUAUGAAAAUAAUGAGAAUUAUCAGGAAGCAUUGAAUUAUUAUCAAAAAUCAUUGAAUAUUAGCUAUAAAAGUUUGCCACCGACACAUCCAGAAGUACAACGUACUGAAGAAAAUAUUGACAGAGUGAAAUCCUUAGUUUAG